GGAGGCCUACUGUGCGCAUGCGCCAAGGCUUCCUUCUUUUGCUGCUUCAUAAAGUCGUGUCAGACUGCAUAAUAUUAAUGGGAAUAAUAAUAACACUUAAAGCGAUCUUAAAUUGCAUUUAUUCUACAGUGCAGAGGCACGCCUGGAUCAGUGCCUUCAUCCAACGCUCUCACUUUGACUUCCAGAACUUUGUCUCAAUGUUCUCAGCUUCUUUCCUUUUUAAAACUACACUUCCCGGUAGGCUCUGCGGGAAACGUCCUUACAUGCGUAUGACGUCACCGGCGAGCCCCGGCUGCGUGAUUUAGUGGUAGAGUCCAAGAUGGCGGCGCGCUGGAGCAGCGAGAAUGUUGUGGUGGAGUUUCGGGACGCUCAGGCGACAGCAAUGUCUGUGGACUGUCUUGGGCAGCAUGCCGUGCUUUCUGGGCGACGCUUCCUCUACAUUGUCAACCUGGACUCUCCCGCCAACGGGCAUCGCAAGAUCUCCCGCCAGAGCAAGUGGGACAUUGGAGCCGUGCAGUGGAACCCACACGAGAGCCACGCGCACUACUUUGCUGCUUCGAGCAACCAGCGAGUGGAUGUCUACAAAUGGAAAGAUGGCAAUGAAGAGGUUGGCACCUCCUUGCAGGGGCACACGCGUGUCAUUAGCGAUUUGGACUGGGCAGUGUUUGAACCAGAUCUGCUGGUCACCAGUUCGGUCGACACUUACAUCUACAUCUGGGAUAUCAAAGACACCCGGAAGCCUUCCGUCUCGCUUUCUGCGGUGGCGGGGGCCUCCCAGGUGAAAUGGAACAAGAAGAACGCCAACUGCUUGGCCACCAGCCACGAUGGGGACGUGCGCAUUUGGGACAAGCGGAAACCAGGCACCGCCGUGGAAUACUUGGCGGCACAUCUUUCCAAAAUCCACGGCCUGGACUGGCACCCGGACAACGAGAGCAUUUUGGCCACGUCCAGCCAGGACAACUCCGUCAGGUUCUGGGACUACCGGCAGCCGCGGAAAUACCUCAACAUCCUGGCAUGCCAGGUUCCGGUUUGGAAAGCCAGAUACACGCCUUUCAGCAAUGGCUUGGUGACGGUCAUGGUGCCCCAGCUGCGGAGGGAAAACAGCCUUUUGCUCUGGAACGUUUUUGACCUGAACACUCCGGUCCACACUUUCGUGGGACACGACGACGUGGUGCUAGAGUUCCAGUGGAGGAAGCAGAAGGAAGGGUCGAAGGAUUACCAGUUGGUCACCUGGUCUCGGGAUCAGACGCUUCGGCUGUGGCGCGUGGAUGGCCAGCUGCAGCGGCUGUGCUCCAACGACCUCCUGGACGGCGUGGAGGAGCUCAUGGACGGGAUCUCUCUGCUGCCGGAGGCGGACAAGGCCCUGCCCACCCAGGACACCGAGCCCCAGCAGAACCCCAACCAGGGCGAGGAGGAAGCCUUGAAAGAAGACUCCCAGAAGAGCCUCCUGGUCGGUAAGAAGCUGGACCAGCUGGGGCUGCCCCAGACCCUGCAGCAGGAGUUCUCCCUCAUCAACGUCCAGAUCCGAAACGUCAACAUGGAGAUGGACGCAGUGAAUCGCAGCUGCACUGUCUCUGUGCACUGCAGCAACCACCGGGUCAAGAUGCUGGUGAUGUUCCCUGCCCAGUACCCCAACAAUGCCGCCCCCUCCUUCCAGUUUGUCAGCCAGACCACCAUCCCUUCCACCAUGAAGGCCAAGCUGCUCAAGAUCUUGAAGGACACCUCCAUGCAGAAAGUGAAGCGGAACCAGUGCUGCCUGGAGCCGUGUCUGCGCCAGUUGGUCUCCUGCCUGGAGUCCGUCGUGAACCAAGAGGACAGCUCCUCCGGCAACCCCUAUGGGCUCCCAAACUCCGUCACGCCGCCGUUACCGACCUUCCCCCGGGUCUCCAAUGCCUACGGAUCCUACCAGGACUCCAAUAUCCCCUUUCCCCGCACUUCGGGAGCCCGGUUUUGUGGGGCAGGGUAUUUGGUGUAUUUCACCAGACCGAUGACAAUGCACCGCGCGGUCUCCCCAACGGAACCAACUCCCCGAUCCCUGUCGGCCCUCUCGGCUUAUCACAGCGGCCUCAUCACUCCCAUGAAGAUCCGGACAGAGACCCCCGGAAACUUGCGCUUGUACGGCGGGAGCCCCACUCGCAGUGAGAAGGAGCAGGUCUCCAUCAGCUCCUUCUACUACAAGGAAAGGAGGUCUCCUUGCUCCGCUGGACGGCGCUGGUCCAUACAAGCCAUUAAUGACUUCCCGAAAUCGCGGAGGUGGAAGAGCAAGCGGGAAGGGACCGACGCCAGCAACCGGCCCAUCAAGGCUGCCGGGAAGGUGAUCAUCCAGGACAUCUCGUGCCUGCUCCCGGUCCACAAAUCCCUCGGGGAGCUGUACAUACUCAACGUGGCCGACAUCCAGGAGACCUGUCAGAAGAACGCGUCCUCGGCCUUGACCGUCGGGCGGAGAGAUCUCUUGCAGGUGUGGUCACUGGCCACAGUAGCCACCGACCUCUGCCUCGACCCGAACUCCGACCCAGACUUGGAGACCCCCUGGGCCCAGCAUCCAUUCGGUCGCCAGCUCCUGGAGUCUUUGGUGGCCCAUUACUGCCAGCUCCACGACGUGCAGACCCUGGCCAUGCUGUGCAGCAUCUUCGAGGCCCAGGCCCGGCCCCAGGGCUCCCUCAGCCCCGCAGGACUCCUGCCCCAGCGCAUCUCCAGCCACAGCCGAUACCCCAGCUUCACCUCCUCGGGCUCUUGCUCCAGCAUGUCGGACCCCGGGCUCAGCACCAGCAGCUGGAAUAUAGCAGUGAACAAAGAGGCGGAACACACCCCAGCCUGGUGUGAAUCAUCACCCGAAGACUUCCGCUUUGGGAACUUGGCCUACGCUGACCACCGAGAUCGAGAGAAGGAUCAGCACGACCGGAACAAAAGGCUUCUGGAUCCCGCCAAUGCCCAGCAAUUUGACGACUUCAAGAAGUGUUACGGGGAAAUCCUGUAUCGCUGGGGCCUGAGGGAGAAGCGCGCCGAGGUGCUCAAGUUCGUCUCUUGCCCCCCGGAGCCCCACAAGGGCAUCGAGUUCGGUGUCUAUUGCAGCUACUGCCGCAGCGAGGUGCGGGGCAUCCAGUGCGCCGUGUGCAAGGGCUUUGCCUUCCAGUGCGCCAUCUGCCACGUGGCCGUGCGGGGCUCCUCCAACGUCUGCCUGGCCUGCGGGCACGGCGGGCACACCAGCCACAUGAUGGAGUGGUUCCGCACCCAGGAGGUCUGCCCCACGGGCUGCGGCUGCCACUGCCUCUUGGAGAGCACCUUCUGACCGCACGUCGGGACAACCAGCCGCGAGACGGGCUCGCUCAGAGUAGGAUCCCCAUUGAGAAGCCACGGGUGGCUCUGGCCUCCUUGGGGCGAUCAGGUCGGGUCGGGUGAGUGGUGGUCUUGGGAGCUUGGGGGGUUUCCUGCCUCCAAAACUCAAGGGAAGAGGCGCAUGGGGGGCAGGCGUUGCAACGGGGUCGGACCAACGCUGUCUUGAGCCACGGUGGCAUGUGAUGUGGGAGGAUCAGGGUAGAUCCUGGAGUCACUGGCCCUACAAUUGGGAGCCAGGUGUGGGACAGUAUUCGCAUCCCUCCUUCCUAACACACCUUUGCAUUAUGGGAGAGAACUUGCACCCAUGCCGAUGUCGUAGAUCACUUGCCACAUUGGCUAGUACUGAUCAAAGGCGGAGUCCUAAAAUAUUUGGAGGCCCACACGUUUCUCAUCCCUGGCUUGGCAGGGGUCCCAUAUGGGGGAAAAACUGGACAUGAAGCAAGUAAAUAAAUAAACAGGACAUUGGGCAGGAGUAAGAAGCAGCAACAGCAAGACUUGUGAAUUUCUGCUCACUUUUCCUAUCUGAACAGGAUGAAGAUUUCUGAAAUUUUAGUUUAGUGUGGUGCGUGAGCAUACUAGUUUUAUUUUUUACAUAGUUGUAUCAUGACAAAUGGUGUAACAUGUCGCUGGCUCUAAAACAGUUUUAAAACCAGCAUUCUUGCAGAGAGGACAGAUUAACAUAACACAGCAAGAGAUUUCUGGUCUGAAGAGGAGACAUUCCUUAAAAAAAUCAUUGCUGUUUAUAAUAGCAAAAUGCAACAAUAUUAUUGGCAUAAAUAUGUCAACAGAUUAAUUGUAACAUUCCUACGUGAUCGUACAUUCAACAAAAUGAGACUUCUUUAGGAUUUCCAACAAAACAUCUAAAUAAUGACUAAAAUUUCAGAGAUCUUCGUCCUGUUCAGAUAGAAAAAAGUGAGCAGAGAAUCACAAGUCUCACUGUUGCUGCUUCUUACUCAUGCCCAGUGUCCUAUUUAUUUAUUUUCCUUGGCCUUUGGGAUUUCUGGGUAUUUUGCAGGGAUGGAAGGACCAAAGCGGACAUGGCUUCCUUUUCAGACACGACACUCCUUGCACGCUCUUUGUUGCCAUUCCCUUCUGUGAACAAGUGUGACUUUGGAGUGCAAAAUACUAGUGUCAAGGCAGAGAUUUCGUUUCUCUCCCUCCUUCAUGUAAACACCAUCAAAUAGCUCAGUUGAUAGAACUUAUUGGAUCUGUGUAAUUCCGGUCCCUUUUGUGAGAAAUCACAGUGAUACCUCAGUGACUUAGGACACGUGUGUGUGUGUGAGUGCAUGUGUGCUUUUGCCCCUAUUUCCAAGGAAUGGUAAUAUUUGCAGAAACUGCCAGUUUGAUGCACAAAGAGUUUGAGAGCUGAGAAAACACAAGUGAUGGUUGGGAUGGCGAAUAUUUUGAGUCUGUGGUGCCGAAAUGCAUUCUAGUCCUGACAGCAAAUUUACAAAAAAAGAUAUUUUUCUACAAAUCUGGGUCCCAGGCCUUCCAAAUUGGGCCUGGGGCUUCUGGAUCUGGGCUUGCUGAGCUCCUUUGGAGCAUGGAAGCUGCCUACGGUGUCAUUUCCAAAACCUUGUCGUUGCGGGAGUGUCGUGUGUACAUUCUGUAAUAAAAUGAGAGCUUUUUUUCUAAA